GCACUGGAGGUGGUUAUCACCUAUCUGAAGACAAACAGACCUCUACUCUCUAUUCAUUCAGUCUCAGGACUCCAUCCUCUAGACAACUCUACUGCCUGCAGAUCCAGACCCAGGACCAUCAGGAAUCAUUUUUACCCAUUUUCAUUUCUUGGAUAUUUUGUUUUGGCUGGACUACAGGUGGAAUGAUGAAGGGACACUUUUCUGUUGAAUGGCUAUCCCAAAGCAGCCAGAGCAGUGCUAGUACUCCAUCAAGCCCUAGUGCAGUGAGCCAUUCCAGCUCCUCCAUGGCCUCUGAUAGAGCCAGCACCUCUGGGACUGUUCCAGAAACUCUCCCUGGUUUCUACAGCAGGAGAGUGGAUAGCAUGGAAACCCAGCAAAUCCAGUCCGAGCCAAUGGGGCCAUCACAAAUCUAUAUUACUGCACCAAAGAAAGAACCUGUUGCAAACAACACUGAGAGCACCCAGCAUGCACCAGAGUUAGGCUUCAGCAGUGGGACAGAGGAGGAGGAGACGUCCGGAUAUGAGAGCGAAGGCGGGCGUUCUCUCUCACCCAUGGCCUCCAAGGAGCCAGCACCUUCAACCUCCCCUGGCACAGGGCGACGAGCUAGAACAGCCUUCACAGCUGAGCAGAUCGACAGUUUAGAGAGAGCAUUCAAGAGGAACGCUUAUCUGGGAGCCCAGGACAAAGCUGAGCUGUGCAAGAGGCUCAAUCUCUCUGAUAAACAGAUCAGGAACUGGUUUCAGAACAGACGAAUGAAGCUAAAGAGGACGGUGCAGGAUGCCUUAGCACACGCCUGCCAGGCCAAUGUGGCAUCACAGCUCAUGCAUUACCCCGAGCUGCAGUCCUUCAGACCAGCGCCGUACCCAAGUUAUUACCCAGCACAAGAGAGCCCGAGUCCCUACAUGUGCCCCCCCAACAUCCAUUACACCCCUUCUGUUGUGCCCACCCUGUCUGCCAAUGCUCUCUACCAGUACAGAUGUCCUCAGGGUCUUCCUGUGGCCCCUAGCAACCCGGCUCUUAUGCAGCCGUACCAGCCUUACUCUCACCAGUACUUCAGCUCACAAUGAACAUUGCCAAUUGGAGCCACAUGGACUGCAGAUGAAUCGCUCAUCAGUCUUAAUGAAGCAUCCCCUCUCAAUUUUGUAAUGGAUUUCAGAACACAGGGUGGAGUGCAAUAAUGAAUGUAUUUUUCAUACUGUUGAAUAUUUAAAGACUCACUUGUAAAUGCUUAAAUCUGUAAAGUUAUAUUUUGUUCAUGUUUAUAUGUACCAGAGAACUGUAUAAUAAAUGUUUAUCUGUUUAUUUGGA